AUGAUUCCUGUGGAGGCAUGGAAAGCAUUAGGAGAUGAAGGAGUGGAUAUACGGUACGAUCUUAUGAUAAAGAUCCUUGAGCAGGAAAAGGUACCACAUGAGUGGCGUGGGAGUAUGUCAAUCCCAAUUUUUAAAGGGAAAGGCGAUGUCCAAGAGUAUGGUAGUUAUAGGGGUAUUAAAUCGAUGUCCCACACUUUGAAGAUACUGGAAAGGAUGAUAGAUGCCAGGUUGAGAGAUGAAAUACAAAUAGGUAAAAAGCAGAUGGGAUUUAUGAGGGGAAGGGGAACAGCAGAUGGUAUAUUUUGUCUGAGGCAGCUAAUGGAGAAAUUCAGGGAAAAGCAAAGGGAAAUACAUAUGAUAUUCAUUGAGCUUGAAAAGGUUUAUGACCAAGUCCCAAGUCAAGAGGUAUGGAGGAGUCUGAGGGAGAAGAUGGUGCCAGAGAAAGAGCAGGGAAGAUCUGGAAAUGAAAUUGGAAAGAUGGAGACAAGUACUGGAGGAGAGAGGAAUGAGAAUAAGUAG